CUGGAUGGGAGCCCGGGCCCUGUGUGGUCACACCCGGAGGUCCUCGCCGGCAGCGGCGGGGGCAGACUCUGUGGGGGCACCCCCUCCUCCAGCAGGGCUGGCCCCAGUGGGGUGGGAGGAUGUGGUGGAGGGCGUGACCUCUGGAGAAGCUUGGCCGGAGCAGCCCUGGGGGACAGCCAACUGCUGGGCAGGGGCUCCGGUGGCCCAUUUCCCAUGACAGGCGGCCUGGCCGGGAGGCAAGCACAGUUCCCACCACCUGGUCCCAGCUCCCCAGCUCCGGGCAUUCAGAUGGGCUCGUGGCCACCAGGCCGUUGGGUCCAAGGCGAGCUCCGGGCAUUCAGAUGGGCUCAUGGCCACCAGGCUCUUGGGUCCAAGGCGCCUUGUUGCUUAUUCCAAGGGUUGGCAGCCAGCAGGGUCUGAGGCCACCAAAUGGGAAACGUGCCCCAACUCAGACCCCCUGGCCAUGGGCAGGCAGCCUCGGCUCACUCCUCUCCUCUGGGUCCUUCACCCGCAGUGAGGACUCGGCGCCCAGCACCUUCCUGUGCAAGAAGUCAGGGAGUUCGAGACGAGAUCAAGGCUGAUCCAGGCCUUGCGCGGCUCCUGCUCACAGGAUCCUGGGGACCGUUUCAAGAAGAGCCUCAGGACACAGAGAAUGCUCAGUCUCUCUCCUGGCUGUCCCCGCCAGGCAAGAGGGCCCGGGGGUGGAGGGAAUCCAGGGGACAUGGUCCUCACCCCACUGUCAGCGCUGGCAGACCCCAACACUCAUCCCCCAGCCCCAGGCACACAACCCGCCCUGCCGCCCCUCGCCAGGGCCUGCCGGGUGUCCACCCUCUGCGGCAGCAGGUGGGGGAGGAGACGCGCUGGGGAGGGGCCCAGGCCUGGGUGGGCGCUGCCCUUCCUUUCACUCCCCUGCCAGGCAGUGCCUGCGCCCACCCUCACCCCCACCUCCCGCCCGACACCCCGCGGGCUGGGAGGAAAUGUAAUGAGCGCAGGGCGGUGUCUUUGGUGCUGCUGGGGUGGAGUCAAGGGCCAGAUCCCAUCGUGAAUUUGACAGAAAAGGAAAUGGGCUCCGAGCGCAGGUGAGGCUCAGCCAGGGCUCCGCGGCUCUCACCCAAGAGCUGAGCUCCAACCUUCCUGGCCCGGCUCCGUUUCCCAAGCUGUGGAAAAUGCCUGUCCACCCGGCAUGGCUGGGUAGUGCCUGCCUCCCCCACGCCAGCCACGGGCCGGCUCCCCAGUCCUCUGUGGGAGGGUUGCUGGUCUCUGUUAAAAGCCCCCCGGGUGACGUGCAUGCCGCCAGGGCCUGUGCCCCCGGGAGACACUCUGGGGAGGGGCCACCACAAGGAAACCUCAGUCCAAGGUGUCCAGCGGAGGCUGGGCAUGGCUGUGCCAGCACAGGAAGGCAGGUAGGGGUCUCCGGGGCAGGCAGCUCUCCCUCUGGCCCAGCCCCCUGUGUGAAGUGCUCAGCCUGGGUAGGAACGUGCUUCCCACUCAGCCUCCUCCAAGCCGCUGGAGGUCCCGCUGGUUCCCCAAAUGGCUUCUGUCCUGAGCCGUGGGCUCCUGACCACGCACCUACCUUGCACGGUCUGAACAAGAGUCUGUGCCAGGGACCCCGCUCAGGAGGGGCACAGAGGAAGCCAAGGGCCCACACAGGUGAGGGGGUCUCGGGUCUGAGCCUCACCCAGCCCAGGCUCAGCAGCAGCCUCAGAAUUUCCUGGCAUCUGCUUGCCUGUGUUGCAACCCAAGUGGGGUGUGCACGCCGCCUGAGAGAGAAAACACUCGGGGAGGAUUAUGUAAGCGCUUUCCUCCCCAGCACAGGGCCGUCUUGGGCACAUUGAGACCAGACCAUGUGCAAAAGCACUCGGGAGAGUGGCAGGAGCUGAGCCACCAGAGAGGGAUUAACCCCUUCCGGGAUGCUGGCGGCUUGUCCUGGGGAACGUGGGGCUGGUCAGGAUUGCAGGACACGGAGGGGCGGAGUGUGAAUGUGGAGGCGCCGGUGCUGCGUGAUUUUCCACAAGUUGUCUAACCUCUCUGUGCCUUCGUUGCCUGACUCGGCUGUUUCCAAUGCAGCUAAUUUUAACAGCACCUGUUUCAUGAGGCCACAGCCAGGAUUCUGGGAGGCAAAGCACAGAAAGCCCUCAAUGCGGUUUGAGGCUCCAGGCAAGGCUCAGCUGACAGUAGCUGAAAACAGCAAUUUCAGCCGCAGAGUUGCCCGCCCUGUGCACCACAGAACGAACAAGGGUUUCCAGCUUUGCUCAGAUUUGUGGGGACCACUGGGUUUGGACUUUAGGAAAAGCUCAUUUGCCUUUGGGCAGAAGUGACCGGAGCUGGGGUCACCUGAGGUCUAGGCAGGAACCUCUCGCUGGCUGACGCAGGACCUGGGGAGGGGCCAUCUGUGUGGGGCAGCUCUGGACUCAGACCCGUGGAUACCUGUGAAACCUGUCAGGCUGAGCCACCGUCCAGCAAGUGAAGAGACCGCAACUGGGCCACUGUGGAGUCACUUGGCCACCACCCCCGGGUCCUCAUAGCCCUCAUGUGUGUCCCAACCGUGAGCAGGCGGCCGACGGUGCACCCUGACAAGGCACGCUUGUCCCAUCGGGGACACCUACUUCUUUAAAGUGACCAGAUGGUGCCCAGGACCACAAGAACCAGCCUCGUGGCAGGGUGCCCAGCCUCCUUCCCCCUCCACUGUUAACUUUUUUGCCAAGAUUCCAAAAACGAAGCUGCAGCUGAAAAUAAUUUCUUUUUCUUCUAUAGCCCAAAUGACCGAUGGUGUAGAGAUUUUCCCAUCAUAGAACUGCAGUCUCCAUUUCUAGUAGGCCCAGGCGGUGACAUGCCUGAGGUUGGGGUGCCUUCGGGCCACAGCCCAGAGAAGAACCCACAUUGGCAUCCUAGUAAUGUGAACCUUCAUAAGAGCUUCAGGACAGCGAGGCAGUGGAGAUGCCGGCGGGCAGGGAGAGCCGGCCCGGCCAGCCCCUCGGGAAUGAGCUUCAGUUCUAUUCUAGCUCAAAAUGAUAAACCUCAUCUCAGGCGGCUGCUUGUGACUCCAAGAGACCACCAGGCCCCGGUGAUAGCCAGCACAGUACCUGGCACAUAAAUCCCGCCCACCUGCCUGGCGUGGCCAGGAGACCCGCCUGGGUGCUCUCUGUCUCUCCCUCCCUCUUUCACUGCUCCCUGAAGGCAGCGUCUAAAGAGGCUGAGGCUGUCCUGUCGCUGCCCCGACCUCUGGGGAGAAGCCCGCAGUUCUGAUCACGGACCUCAGACGGGGAAGCGCACAGGAGGCCUCGGGUGGCUGGGCUGUGCUGCUUCUCCCUGGACGGGCAGAGCUGGCACAUAGGAGGUGCUUCACAGGUGACUAAGGAGGCAAAGACCUGAAGCCUGGGGGACUGCAGUGUCCGGUGGAUCCCAGCUGCAGCCAUCAGGCCCAUGGGCGGGAGAGCCAAGGGAGGGGCUCAGCUGGGCAAUAGGAUGCGAGUGGGCGGGGGACACUGCUGGGAACUCCCUUCACUGCAUGGCCAAGAAUGUGCAUAAGCGAACAGGGCGGGAGAGCUGCGUGUGGCCUCGGGCAGCCACUCAGCCUCUCCGCCCGUUUUCCUGGUCUGUAAAAUGGGCCGAAACGCCCGCCCUGCGCUGUUCUUUGGGCAGUUUCUAUAAAUGCUUGGCCCAGCCUCCCCGGCACACGGUUGCUA